AUGAGUGAGCCUUCAGAUAAAGAUGAUAAGAGAGAACCCUUCAGUACUGCAGCGUUCGUCCACUCCAGAGACUUAGAAGGCGAAAUCACGACAUCGUUCAUUUUCAACUGGUUUAUUGGAUGGCCAUUACUGGUGAUCCUCUUCACUUUCCUAACAUAUACUCUUUCGACGCAUUACGUCACACAUAAGUUCAUUGAUGAGAUAUUCCAUGUCUCAAUGGUUGAGCAGUACUACGGUGGUGAUCUGCGUACUUGGGAUCCCAAAAUCACCACGCCACCGGGGUUAUACUACUUAGGAUUGGUUUGGAGUAAAAUCGUUUCAAUAUUACCCAUCAAGUGUAACCCUGUUGGGUUGACUUCUUUGAGGUUAUUGAACACAUUUGGAGGCACAGUCGCUCUACCAAUAGCUUUGAACCCACUGUUCUUACUCAACCCGGUUGGAUGGUGGCCAACGUCGAUAAUGCUUUUUCCUGUACUGUCAACGUAUUACUACCUCUUCUACACCGAUGUAUGGAGCACCGUCUUCAUCGUUGCAUCGCUCAGCGUUGCUAUCGGAACACCUUGGAAUGAAAAGCUCAGCAUCAGAGUUAGUGCCUUCUUAGGGUUUUGCAGUGUUUGGAUGAGACAGACAAACAUUGUGUGGAAUUUGCUGAUCCUCGUACUCGUCAUCGAAAGAAGGGCCAUGAUUCAAAAGAACUUCACAGAUAGUUUCCUUAAUAACUGUAUCAAGUUUGUGAUACAACUGGUUGAUGACUUCUAUGAUUUCACUCUACCGUAUUUAAUCAAUUUUGGUCUCUUUACCUUUUUCCUUAUAUACAACAGAGGCAUCACCUUGGGAGACAAAGAGAACCAUGUCGCUGGUCUUCACAUCAUGCAGUUCUUCUACUGUCUUACAUUCAUCACAAUCUUCACGUGGCCUGUGUGGCUGAACUACAGCUACAUCAAGAGCAGCAUCAGAAGAUACUACUAUCAACCAUUCCAGAUGUUCUUGGAGCUCUCGGCCAUCAUGCUUGUGAUUCGCUUCUUCACAGUGGCCCAUCCAUUCCUGUUAGCAGAUAACAGACACAUUACAUUUUACAUCUGGAGGAAGAUUAUCAACUUUAGAUGGUACACCAAAUACCUCAUGGCCCCUAUUUAUCACUUCUCCGUCGUGACUGUAUUCGGGGCUCUCAUUGAUGACUCCUUCUACUUUAACUCGGUGGAUGAAUUACCUUUCAAACACGCAAGAGAUCUUCCUUUGAAACUGACAGGGAUCUCCAUCAUCACGUUGACACUAUGCAUCUUUUUUACAGUGGUUCCAUCUCCACUGUUUGAGCCACGCUACUACAUUCUCCCGUACAUCUUCUUCAGAAUCUUUGUAUCUGUGAUCUAUGAGCCGUUCCUUCCAGGCGAGCCAUUAAGUGGUAUUGUAUUGAGAAGGUUGAGCACCGAAGUUGCCUGGUUAUUGGUGGCUAACGUUGCAACGAUAGGCUUAUUCAUCUUCAAGACAUUCACGUGGGAAGGUGAAGAGUCACUACAGCGUAUUAUUUGGUGA